GUCUGUCGUGUCUCCUUGAGCUCGGGUUGUGUAACCCGGAACCAUGGAUCUAUUAAAAUAACCGGAAUAGCUCGGAACGGAGAAACACCGGCUGUCUUCUUUUGAGUUGCACGGUUGCGUCUGUUGCUUUAAAAUAUUAUAUAUUUAUAAGAUAUUAUUUGACAGUUCCUGAAUUAGCAUCUUGGUAUAUUUAAGUAAACAUGUCUGAAUAUGAGGAGAAUCAAUCAAAAUUUAUGCGCAAAGCAAAGGAGAAUCCAUUUGUGCCUGUUGGAAUGGCAGGAUUCGUCGGCAUUGUUGGGUACCAGCUGAUGAAGAUGAAAAAUCGCGGAAAUGUUAAAAUGUCAGUCCACCUCAUCCACAUGCGUGUUGCUGCUCAGGGCUUUGUGGUCGGUGCCAUGACGUUAGGUGUGAUAUAUUCAAUGUACAAUGAAUUCUACCUUGGCAAACAAGACCAGAAGGCAGUGACACACAAGUGAUGAAUGCUACUCGGUGCAAUAUUAAUUGUAUUUAUUUUUAUCAAAUGUGUUCAAGCAUUUUUAUGCCUUUGAACUACUAAUACUAAUACUAUAUUAAUAUUACACAAAAAUGCCUCAUUUAGUCCGCUAAUAUUUGUAUGUCAGGUUUUUUUUUUAAUCCUUGAAAAGCUACCCAAACUGUAGCGUAAAUAGUUAUUUUUGUAAUCAAACUCAAAGCAUAGGACUUUACCAACUAAUUUGCACCGUCAUUGUAAAUGUAUAACCCUUGGAGUGACAGGGUUUAUAAACCUUUGGAUUGUGCUGUACGUAGUGUGAGCUCGAGCUAAUGUGCUUUAUUUCACAUAGAAAUAAAAGCGAAACAAGGCAGGUUUCCUGAUAAUUGUUUGAAACCACAGAAGCUAAGUAAACAUGUGAAACAUGGAAUAUCUGUAGCGUAGGUAGGAAACCACUGAUAAUGAUUUGUCUAUCAAUUUCAUUUGUACAGUUGCACCCUCUGUAUUGCCUUUUUUUGGUCAAACAUUACUCGUCUACUUCAUUAGUGGAUUUAAGAAUCCAUUAUUCUGAAAUUUAGUUUUGGAUACACAUAGAAAGGUCUUUAAUAUUUUAACAUGGUCACAUCGUACAAUAAGGACUUAUCUUUACACACAUAAACAUUAUGCAAUGUGCCUUUUUCAUCAAACAAAUAGAUUACAAAUAUCUCAAUAACUCUGAAAUUAUGUUUGAAAUGUUUCAAAUGAGUUGUAGUCUUCUUCAAGAAAUAAAACAUGUCCUGUUAUAAACCUCA